AUGAUUAAAAAAUUAUUUAUUAUUGCAUUUUCAAUAAUAAUAUUACAAAUAUCAUUGAUCUUUGGACAAUCUACAAAUUCAUCCCCAACAACGAUAAUAAAUUCAAUAAAUUCUAUUAAUACCUCAUCUUCACCUUCUUUAAGUAUAUAUUAUCCAACAGCUACAACAACAGCUACAACAGUUCCUGAUGAGGAUCCUGCACCAUUAAUUUCUCCUUAUAAAACUAUUCAAAUUCCAAUUAAUAAUGGAACAUGGCAAAUUUGUGCUCAAAAUUUAACAAAAUAUAUAAGUUAUAGUAUAAGAGUAAUAAAUGAAAAUAUUCCAGUAACUCCAGAUUUUGGCACAACGAAUUCCGGAUUAUCAACACGUAUACCGACAGCACCUACAGUAAAAGUUCUAGCUCGAGUAAUGUAUUCAAAUGGAUUAAAAUAUAUUUCUUCAUUAUCAUGUUAUAAAGAAUUUAUAACUAAAUGUGAUCAAGAUACCGGAAAAUUAUUAAUACAUGAACCGGAUCAAUAUUGUUUACAAUUAAAAAAUCCUGGUCCAUAUCCUCAAAAAGUUAAUGUUAGUGUAAGUUUUAUAAGUACGGUAUUUAAAGAUGGUGGAUUUACUAGUCCUAAUAUACCGGGUGGAAAUGAAAAACCUGAAGAUGAUGAUGGAAAUGAUAUAAUAAAUUCUUCUGGUGGUAACAUUAAUAUUAAUAGUAAUAAAUUUAAAAUAAUGUUGAUGGUUAUAUUAAUAAUAACAUUUAUUAAUUCAUGA